AUGAAGGGGGCAAUCAAGGAAAGCGACAGCACCUUUUCAUCAAAUAUAGUUUUAGUAAGGAAAAAGGAUGGAACUCUUAGAUUUUGUUUGGAUUUUCGUAUGUUAAAUUCUCGGACUCGCAAGGAUGCAUACCAGUUACCUACGUUCGAAGACCAAGUUGAUCUCCUUGUUGGUUCUAGGUUCUACUCUAAGCUUAACCUUCGCUCAGGUUAUUGGAAUAUUGAUAUGGACGAGGAAUCUAAACAGUAUACAGGUUUUCCGUCGUUACUUGAUGGCCAUGGCACAACCAAAUCUAAAUCAAAGAUUAAAGGUAAAAAGAGUAAAUCACCAGGUUCUUGGACAUGGAGUGUUGAUCAACAAUCAGCAUUUGAUACUCUUAAAGAAAAGCUAUCUUCACCUCCUGCCUUAGCUUUUGCAGACUUUUCCAAACCUUUCAUAGUUCAUAUAGAUGCAUGUUCUACUGGUCUAGGUGCAGUUUUACUUCAGCAGCAAGAUGAUGAUUCAGAGCGUGUUAUAGCUUACGUUAAUCGUAGUUUAAGACCCAGUGAACGGAACUAUCCAGCCCACAAGCUUGAGUUCAUGGCACUUAAAUGGGCUACCAUUGCCUUUCAAGGUGUCUAUGACCAGUUUGGUCAUGCAGGGCAUGAGAAAUCUCUUUGGCUUGCUCGACAACGUUUCUAUUGGCCAGGGAUGGAAGUUGAUUUCAAGAGAAUGAUUAACUUAUGCAAGUCUUGUGUCUGUGGGAAAACUCCUCAAAAUUCAGCGGCUGAACUCGUACCCAUUCAAACUUCAAGGCCAAUGCAACUUGUUUGCAUGGACUUUCUCAAGUUAGAGAAGUGCAUAAGUGGGUACGAGGAUGUCUUAGUCAUAACAGAUCAUUUUACUCGUUACGCUAAUGCUAUCCCCUGCCGAAACCAGAAAGCCACAACCACGGCGCGAGCCUUGUAUGAGCAUUUCAUCAUUCACUAUUCCUUCCCAGAGCAGCUUCAUUCUGACCAGGGUCGUAAUUUCGAGAGCAAGGUGAUAAAAGAGCAAGCCAAUGUCAGGAAAACAGGGACAACACCAUUUCACACAAUGGGUAAUCCAUCUGCAGAACGCUUCAAUAGAACCCUUAAUCGCAUGCUACGUACCCUGACAGAUGACCACAAAACAAGUUGGGCUGAUUAUGUUCUUCCUCUCUGCCAAGCAUACAAUGCUACUCCUGAACUGGAUUCUCACCCUACUUCUUGA